CGACACUGAUUAAGGAAAGGACUCCAUCUCUCGGGAAUGGCAAACGGCUGAAGCGAACAGCGACGGGGAUUGACGAAAGAGACGACCGCAGAAUCCUGACGAGAUAAGCGAAAUCCAGAAGCUUACUCUAUCGUCGAAGAUCUCUCGAGCUGGAGGAGAGGAGGAAAGCAGAAGAGAAGGUGGGAAGAUAGCCUUAGAGCAUUGCCGCAAAAGUUUUCUGCUUCGCGCGUCUGAGUUUGCUUUCGAUCCGCAAAAGGUUCCGUUCUCGUAUAGAUUUCGAUUAUGGCGUUGCAAAGUGGGGAAUUAUAUUGGAAUCAACUGUUAAUCGUCAGUUGAGAAUCGUGUGUUAAUUUCAAUUCGAAAACUCCGGCAGUUGAGGUUAGUAAAGAUAGCUGCGGUGUUGGCCUUUGAUUCUUCGAGUUCCUUGUUUAGCUCCGACCUUGCAACUUCUACCAUAACAGUGAUUUUAUGGUGCAUUUCAUCGAACUGAAGUCUGAGGGGAAUGGAAAUCUUAGUUUUGUUCCAGUCUUUUCUCCAAAUCGCUAGUUAUAGGUUUAUAGGAGGUAGCCUAGCAUCAGUUGGAUCUCCAGCAGCCCAGCUGUGUUUCUGUAGGAAUGCAUUCUGCAUAGUUGCUCUUUUGAUUGUUAUUUCCAACCUAUUAAUGUGGCUUUCUCUGGUUCAAGAAAUCUAUAUAUGCUUGCAAUGUGCUUAUGUGAAUGGGCGGAGUUGUCAAUUAGUGUUUGUCAUUGUUUUCUUUCUGGCUGGAAUAGAUUGCUCUUGUCUUUCGGGGAGGUUAAAAGUGGUUAAGGAUGGGUUCCCAUGUGGAUGAUUUGCAAGAUGCUAAUGCAGCUUCAACUUCAGAGCCAAAACCUGAAGAAAGUGGCGUGGAAGCUCGGGUAGGAGCUUUGUGGGAGCAAAUGAACAAGGGAUUCAAUAAGAACGCUAAGCAUGAAUCAAAGAAGCGUACUCAUACUUCCUUACAGAAGCCCAAUGAUGUAAGAAUAACCAUUCUUCCUGUUUUCCUCAAGAGAGUAUUUGGUGUUGAAAGCCUGACUUGUUAUUCUUUUUUCAAGAAUUGGAUGACAUAUCUAGGUCUAACACCAAAGACAAAUGGAUCUCCUGCAAAUGAUGCGCAACAAAAGGGAUCACCAGAGGAAUUGAAUAAGAGAAUACCUAGCAAGGAAGUCGUGUCUUCUCCAAACAAGUCUAGUACAAGUGUGGAUCAAACUUCGCAAAAGAAGUCUGAUAGCUGGAAGAAUUAUCUCGGUUUGGGAACAAAGCAGGCGGCACAAUCAUCGGCACUGGAGGCAUCAUCACAGGAGAAACCUAAUGGUUUGCGUACAAGCACAAGUGAGGAGGCCAAGAAGUUUGCUGCUGCUGCUCUCUCCGCAGUUAAGGAUGCUGCAGCUGCUGCCGCGCUCAAGGGAAAAGUUGAGAUAAUGGAGGUUCGGGAUUUUGCUGGUCGUGAUAUCGAGGUGAAGAAGCUAGUUGAUGCGGAGUCAAAAGAGGCAGCCGAAAAGGGGAAAGCAGCUGCAGCACCCUCUGCCGUGGAUGCUGUGCUCGAACAAAUCAAGAAGAAACAAAAGCUGAGUGUGCUGGACAAGACGAAGAAAGACUGGGGAGAGUUCAAGGAGGAGAAUAAAGGGCUUGAAGACGAGCUAGAAACGUACAAGAAGAGCUCAAACCAGUAUUUGGAUAAGCAAUCGUUCCUGCAACGAACAGACUAUAGGGAGUUCGAGAGGGAGAGGGAUGCCAGGCUGGCGAUGCAAGCCAGGAGACGAACUGAUAUGCGCGAGGAUUAAUGAAUCGCAGAGAAGAGGUUAGCAUGGAGAGAAGAGAGACCCUCCUGAGGUUGAAAGGGUCUUGAUUUCUGGUCAGGGUCUCAGGGAUGACUUAGUUCGAGCCAUUGUUUGAUUCUGAAUCGAGAGAAAUGAGAGGAGCUGUUGGCUGCUGACGCCCUGCAGUAAACAAGAGGAUGAAAGAGGAGCUGCUAGCUGCAGCUUUUCCCCGACCUCCAUGAUUGUAUGAAUGGAUCUGAGGGAAACGAUUUAUUUGGGAUAUCCACUAACUCAUCAUUUUUUUCACAGGUUGUAUUGAUCGAUUUGUGUAUGCGGUAUGCCUUGGAAUUUACAGAGUGUUUAUGUUGGGAUGUUGCCAUCUCUGUUUUCAUUUCUCUUUACCACUAGUUUGAUCAAAUUCUCGUGCAAAAUUGUUUACAAUUUUGCUUGUUUAAGUGACAUUUACAUUAUACAAUUU